AUAUGCGGCAACGUCGUGUCACUCUUGGGUCAGCCGUGUAGUGGCAAAAGGUUAGUUUCAUUUCUAAUUUAAAAAAAUCAAUUUUAUUAUUUUUAGGGCCUUUAAAGCCCAUUACUUCAUAUUGCUGCUUUUUAGAAACGUUUUUCAUCUAUAACCAGAGCAAACAAGAAUGUUGGGUCGAUUUGGAACAGCAGUCACAUUGGUGGCUCAAAAUGCCCCUCUUCAGCAGCAACAAAGGGGUAUGGCCACUCUAAAAGCCAUUUCUAUUCGUCUAAAGUCUGUAAAGAAUAUUCAAAAGAUCACCCAGUCCAUGAAGAUGGUGUCAGCUGCCAAGUAUGCUAGGGCUGAACGUGAAUUGAAACAGGUUAGACCCAUUGGUAAUGGAGCAAAGCAGUUUUAUGAGCAAGCUGAAAUUGCCCCUCCAGAAGAUGUACCCCAGAAAUUGGUCAUUGCAAUGACAUCUGACAGAGGUUUGUGUGGUGCCGUUCACACCUCUGUGGCACGUCAUAUUCGUACCGAGUUGAGCAAAGAUGACCAGAACAUCAAAAUCGUCUGCGUCGGUGACAAAUCUCGCGCCAUCUUGUCCCGAAUUUACGGAAAAAACAUCAUUUUGGCCUGUAACGAAAUCGGUCGUUUACCGCCCACAUUCUUGGAUGCCGCUAAGCUGGCCGACGCCAUCUUGAAAUCCGACUACAAGUUCGGCUCUGGAGAAAUCGUUUACAACAGGUUUAAGUCUGUCGUGUCUUAUUCGACCCAGACUUUGCCGGUCUUCAGUCUUGAGUCAGUUGCGGCUGCACCAAAACUCUCAAUCUAUGACUCAUUGGACGACGAAGUGAUCCGAUCCUACCUUGAAUUCUCUCUGGCCUCUUUGCUUUUCUACUCGAUGAAAGAGGGCGCUUGCUCCGAACAGUCCUCCAGGAUGACAGCUAUGGACAACGCAAGCAAAAACGCAGGCGAAAUGAUCGACAAACUGACCCUGACCUUUAACAGAACUAGACAGGCUGUCAUCACCAGAGAAUUGAUCGAAAUUAUCUCUGGUGCCUCCGCCCUGUAAGCGAAUCUGUAGGACCGUCUGUACGAUAUAUUUUUGCGCCCAUUUUCAAUAUACUAUAAGUAAGUGUCUAAAUAAAUAGUAAGCAUAACGUUUCGAGAAUUUGUUUUGUAAUUUUAUGUAAGAGUGAAAAGGAGGAAAGAUAGUAAGCCCAAAGUCUCCGAACAUCUAUUAAAACCUUUUUUUCCGGUUUACUUUUACAUAAUUUUAUUUUGUUUUUGCGUUUCUUUUGCUUAGGUAUGAUGCUAAAAUGUGGAUUUACUCUAAUAAAAUUAUUGUUUAAACCA